AUGAGCGCGACGGAGAGCAUCCUGCUGGCGGUGGCCCACGAGCACUCGAAGCAGUUCGCCGAGGGCACCAUCAAGUCCCCGUGGGACUACUUCGUGUACAGCGUGAAGCUGGCGCUGGCGCGCUGGACGGCGCUGCGCAUGGCCGUGGAGGGCGAGUGGGGCGGCGGCGACACGCGCCGCAAGUACGAGAUCCUGCUGGAGGAGAUCCUCAACGUGUUCAAGUACAACAAGACGGUGUACGCGGACGCCAUGGUGGACAACAUCAGCGGCUACGUCGAGACCGAGUUCGGGCUCAUCUGCGAGGACGGCAGCGUCGAGGAGAUCUCGGAGCUGCUCACGGUGCUGGCGGACGAGUGCAAGAACGCCAAGUACGACCGCGUCAAGGCCAUGCACGACCAGGUGCAGUCGCUCUUCCCCAUCGACCUCAAGAAGGCCAAGCUGAAGUCACAGGACGAUGGCGAGCCCGACGAGCCGCUUGUGGACGAGGAUGGCUUCACUAUGGUUCGGCGCUCGGGCCGGCGGAAGGCGCCCACCAAGUUCUACGACCCGGCGGCCGAGUUCCCGGGAGCGGCAUAA